UGGUUUUAACGUUCAUUUCGGGGGGUACCAAAAAAAAAACAAUAACAAAAACCAAAUAAAAAAGGAAAAUCAAAACUUCGUCUCGAUCUCAGUUCAAAUUCCAAAUUUUCAAAUACUGCAAUCUGUUCGGACAUCCAUUGGCAUUUAAGUAACCGGUGAAUCAAAAGAUAAAGAUUGAAAUAAGAAGGGAACCGAAAAGGGCCACUUGAGCGCUGAAUGGAAACACUUGAUUGGCAAUAGCGUAGAUUGAGAGGAAAGCCGAGUGUCAGGUGGAGCGUGAGGUCCAUUAAAAGAUCGUCCCGACGGCGUCCCAAGCGCUCAAUCGCGAGCCGCAGAUCGGCAAUCCCGGCCAGAAGCCUGUUAAUAUGGCCGAGGUGCUAAAUUUGGAUAAUAUCAUUGCCAGACUCCUGGAGGUGCGUACAGCCCGACCCGGCAAGAAUGUGCAACUGAAUGAGACGGAGAUACGUGGCCUCUGCUUGAAGUCUCGCGAAAUCUUUCUCGCGCAGCCCAUUUUACUUGAGCUGGAGGCGCCGCUGAAGAUCUGCGGGGACAUACACGGUCAAUAUUACGAUCUGUUGCGGCUAUUCGAAUACGGCGGCUAUCCGCCGGAGUCCAAUUACCUAUUCCUGGGCGACUAUGUAGACCGUGGCAAGCAAUCGCUGGAGACCAUCUGUUUGCUCCUCGCCUACAAGAUCAAAUACUCGGAGAAUUUCUUUCUUCUGCGAGGCAACCACGAAUGCGCAUCGAUCAAUCGCAUCUACGGCUUCUAUGACGAGUGCAAGCGACGCUAUAGCAUUAAGCUGUGGAAGACGUUCACGGACUGUUUCAAUUGCUUGCCCGUUGUCGCCAUUGUGGACGAGAAGAUAUUCUGCUGCCAUGGCGGGCUGAGUCCCGACCUAACGUCCAUGGAGCAGAUCAAGCGGAUUAUGCGCCCCACAGACGUGCCCGAUCAGGGCCUGCUAUGCGAUCUGCUGUGGUCCGAUCCGGACAAGGACACAAUUGGCUGGGGCGAAAACGAUCGUGGUGUCAGCUUCACCUUCGGCGCCGAAGUGGUUGGCAAAUUUCUGCAAAAGCACGAUCUCGACCUGAUUUGCCGUGCCCAUCAGGUGGUCGAGGAUGGCUACGAGUUCUUUGCCAAACGCCAGCUGGUCACCCUCUUCUCGGCGCCGAACUACUGCGGCGAAUUUGAUAAUGCCGGCGCCAUGAUGUCCGUCGACGAGACCUUAAUGUGCUCCUUCCAAAUUCUUAAGCCCGUUGAGAAGCGUAAGAAAUAACGAUACGGCCGACGUCCUUAACUGUUUCAAAUUCAAAUUGUUCGCUUGUAUCCAAAAUGAUUGUAUCCAAUCAGAACAAUUACACUUACAUAGCCAAAACCGUCUUAAGACAUAGCGAAUUAAGGAAUGACUUUUUUAGAUAACCCAACAGCUCCGGAAAUAUAUGCCUGUCUCCACUUUGCUAUA